UAAAAACUCAAAUAAAGCGACGAAUGCGAAAGUAACUCCAUCUAUCGUGAACCGAAAAAGUUGUAGUGUGUUGAUUGAAUUUCCGUUUCCUUUUUCUGGUCUCAACAUUUUGUCUUUUGAGUUUUCAUUAUAAAGGAUAUUAAAUUAAUCAUGGGUUAUUAUAAGUAUACCCAAGAAUUAUGGAAAAAGAAGCAAUCAGAUGUGAUGCUUUUCUUACUCCGAUUGAGAACAUGGGAAUUCCGUCAACAACGUGUAAUUGUUAGAUGCCCACGACCAUCACGACCUGAAAAAGCUCGACGAUUAGGUUAUAAAUGUAAACAAGGUUUUGUUAUCUACAGAGUUAGAGUCCGACGAGGUUGUAGAAAACGACAAGUACCAAAGGGUGCCGUUUUUGGUAAACCCAAGAAUAUUGGUAUCAACCAAUUGAAACACAAGCGAAAUCUUCAAGCUAUCGCUGAGACCCGUAUUGGUAAACGUGUGGCUAAAGCUUUGAGAAUUCUUGGUUCUUAUUGGGUUGGCCAAGAUUCAACAUUCAAAUUUUAUGAGGUUAUCUGUAUUGAUCCUCAUCAUAAAGCCAUUCGACGUGAUCCUAAGGUUAACUGGAUCUGUGAUCCUGUUCAUAAGCACAGAGAAUGCCGAGGUUUGACAAGCGCUGGUAAGAAACAUCGUGGAUUAAGAGGACGCGGUCAUGGUUUCGCUAAGACAAUUGGUGGCUCUGUUUCAGCAUCUUGGAAACGAAGAAACACUUUACAAUUACGCCGAUACCGAUAAAAAUUUUGUUAACAUCAACAAUAAUUACAACUAUAAAUUUAAAAAUCCAAUAAAUGAAGUUGAAGGUGAUCAUCAUCAUCCCUUCAACUUUAUCAAAACUAA